GCCGACGGGCGGGGGUGCGGGGGAGACAUAAUUUGUUCCGUGGUAAUGAGAACGGUGACUGCUGGCCGCGGAUCCAUUCCACAGUCCGGCCUUCUCUCACUAACGCUCUUCCUCGUCCCCGGGCCAACUCGGACAGUUUGCUCAUUUAUUGCAACGGUCAAGGCUGGCGUGUGCCAGAACGGCGCGCGCGCGCGCACGCACACACGGGGGCAAACUUUUUUAAAAUGAAAGGCUAGACGAGCUCAGCGGCGGCGCGGGCGCUGCGCGAGGGCUCCGGAGCUGACUCUCCGCGGCAGGAAAUCCCUCCGGUCGCGACGCCCGGCCCCGGCUCGGCGCCCGCGUGGGAUGCUGCAGCGCUCGCUGCCGGGCCCAAGAGCUGCUGCACAGAAAGCCGGCGACCAUGGCAGCGCGCCCGCCGCCCGCGCCCCCCGCCCGCGCCCUCCUGCUCGCCCUGGCCGGGGCUCUGCUCGCGCCCCGCGAGGCCCGAGGGGUGAGCUUAUGGGACCAGGGAGGAGCUUUCGAAGUUGUCAGUGCCUCUCUGCUGGAUGGAGACCUCUGGAUCCCAGCGGAGAGCUUCGACUUCAAGAAACAUCCAGAAGUGCUGAAUAUUCGAAUACAACUGGAAAGCAAAGAACUGAUCAUAAAUCUGGAAAGAAAUGAAGGCCUGAUUGCCAGCAGCUUCACGGAAACCCACUAUCUGCAAGAUGGUACUGAUGUCUCCCUCACUCGAAAUUACACGGGUCACUGUUACUACCAUGGACAUGUGCGGGGAUAUUCAGACUCGGUGGUCAGUCUCAGCACCUGUUCUGGUCUCAGGGGACUUAUUAUGUUUGAAAAUGAAACCUAUGUCUUAGAACCAAUGAAAAAUGCAACCAACAGAUACAAACUCUUCCCAGCGGAGAACCUGGAAAGUGUCUGGGGUUCGUGUGGAUUGCAUCACAACACAUCAAGCCUUACUGUACAUAACGUGUUCCUACCGCCCUCUCAGACAUGGGCAAGAAGGAGUAAAAGGGAAACCCUCAAGACAACCAAGUAUGUGGAGCUGGUGAUCGUGGCAGACAACCGAGAGUUUCAGAGGCAAGGAAAAGACCUGGAAAAAGUUAAACAGCGAUUAAUAGAGAUUGCUAAUCACGUUGACAAGUUUUACAGACCACUGAACAUUCGGGUCGUGUUGGUCGGCAUGGAAGUAUGGAAUGACGUCGACAAAUGCUCCAUAAGUCAGGACCCAUUCAGCAGCCUCCAUGAGUUUCUGGACUGGAGGAAGAUGAAGCUUCUACCUCGCAAAUCCCAUGACAACGCACAGCUUAUCAGUGGGGUUUAUUUCCAAGGAACCACCAUCGGCAUGGCCCCGAUCAUGAGCAUGUGCACGGCGGAACAGUCUGGGGGAGUUGUCAUGGACCAUUCAGACAGUCCCCUUGGUGCAGCCGUAACCCUGGCACACGAGCUGGGCCACAAUUUUGGGAUGAAUCAUGACACACUGGAAAGGGGCUGUAGCUGUCAAACAGCGGCUAAGAAAGGAGGCUGCAUCAUGAAUCCUUCUACCGGGUACCCAUUUCCCAUGGUGUUCAGCAGCUGCAGCAAGAAGGACUUGGAGACGAGCCUGGAGAAAGGAAUGGGGAUGUGCCUCUUCAACCUGCCGGAAGUCAAGCAGUCUUUCGGGGGCCAGAAGUGUGGGAACGGAUUUGUGGAAGAAGGAGAGGAGUGUGACUGUGGAGAGCCAGAGGAAUGUAUGAAUCGCUGCUGCAAUGCCACCACCUGUACCCUGAAGCCAGAUGCCGUGUGCGCACAUGGGCUUUGUUGUGAAGACUGCCAGCUGAAGCCUGCGGGAACAGCGUGCAGGGACUCCAGCAACUCCUGUGACCUCCCAGAGUUCUGCACGGGGGCCAGCCCUCAAUGCCCAGCCAAUGUGUACCUGCAUGAUGGGCACUCGUGUCAGGGUGUGGACGGCUACUGCUACAAUGGCAUCUGCCAGACCCACGAGCAGCAGUGUGUCACCCUCUGGGGACCAGGUGCUAAACCUGCCCCUGGGAUCUGCUUUGAGAGAGUCAAUUCUGCAGGUGAUCCUUAUGGCAACUGUGGCAAAGACUCCAAGAGUUCCUUUGCCAAAUGCGAGAUGAGAGAUGCUAAAUGUGGAAAAAUCCAGUGUCAAGGAGGUGCCAGCCGGCCUGUCAUUGGGACCAAUGCCGUUUCCAUAGAAACAAACAUCCCACAGCAGGAAGGAGGCCGGAUUCUGUGCCGAGGGACCCACGUGUACUUGGGCGAUGACAUGCCGGACCCAGGGCUUGUGCUUGCAGGCACAAAGUGUGGAGAUGGAAAAAUCUGCCUGAAUCGUCGAUGUCAAAACAUUAGCGUCUUUGGUGUUCAUGAGUGCGCAGAGCAGUGCCACGGCAGGGGGGUAUGCAACAACAGGAAGAACUGCCACUGUGAGGCCCACUGGGCACCUCCCUUCUGUGACAAGUUUGGCUUUGGAGGAAGCACAGACAGCGGCCCCAUCCGGCAAGCAGAUAACCAAGCUUUAACCGUAGGAAUUCUGGUGACCAUCCUGUGUCUUCUUGCCGCUGGAUUUGUGGUUUAUCUCAAAAGGAAGACCUUGAUACGUCUGCUGUUUACAAAUAAAAAGACCACCAUUGAAAAACUAAGGUGUGUGCGCCCUUCCCGGCCACCCAGUGGCUCCCAACCCAGUCAGGCUCACCUCAGCCACCUUGGAAAAGGACUGAUGAGGAAGCCGCCAGAUUCCUACCCACCGAAGGACCAUCCCAGGAGAUUGCUACAGUGUCAGAAUGUUGACAUCAGCAGACCCCUCAAUGGCCUGAAUGUCCCUCAGCCCCAGUCAACUCAGCGAGUGCUUCCACCCCUCCACCAGGCUCCGCGUGCGCCUGGCGUCCCUGUCAGACCCCUGCCAGCCAUCCCUGCACUUAGGCAGGUCCAGGGGACCCGUAAGCCAAACCCCCCUCAGAAGCCUCUGCCUGCAGAUCCUCUGGGCAGGGUGACUCGGCUCACCCAUGCCUCGGCCAGGACCUCAGGACAGCGGGAGACCGGGCUCCACCUGGCACCUCUCAGACCUGCUCCGCAAUAUCCACCCCAAGUGCCCAGAUCCACCCACACCGCCUAUAUUAAGUGAGAAGCCGACACCUUUUUUCAACAGUGAAGACAGAAGUUUGCACUAUCUUUCAGCUCCAGUUGGAGUUACUUUUUUGUACCAACUUUUAGGAUUUUUUAAAUGUUUAAAACACCAUUAUUUUAAGAACUUUUGAGCUGCUGCCGUUGGUGCUGUGCUGUGCUAUGGUGCUCUGUCUACUUGCUCAGGUACUUGUAAAUUAUUAAUUUAUGCCGAAUGUUUAUUACAGUGCAGUGCGCUGUAGUAGGCAUUUUUACCAUCACUGAGUUUUCCAUGGCAGGAAGGCUUGUUGUGCUUUUAGUAUUUUAGUGAACUUGAAAUAUCCUGCUUGAUGGGAUUCUGGACAGGAUGUGUUUACUUUCUGAUCAAGGCCUUAUUGGAAAGCAGUUCCCCAACUCCCCCAGCUCUGGUUAUGUGCCAGAUGCAGCUCAAGAGACCCCAAGAAGAACCUCGUUUGAUUUUCUGGAUUCCCUAUCUAUCUCAGGCCAAAGCCACGGGGCUUCAGGUCCAGGCUGUGCUUGGCUUUCAGGGAGGCCCUGUGCCCCUUGACAACUGGCAGGCAGGCUCCCAGGGGCUGCCUCAUGAAGUGUUGGGACUGCAGGGAGAAAUCUGGCUUCUGGCCAGGAAGCUUUGGAGAGAAUGUGGGUUGCAGACAGGAAUGUUAACGUGUGGCCCCACCAGGAUAGAGACUGGAACACUGGACAAGCCGGACCUUGACCCUGAGCUGACCAGCCAUGAGCAUGUUUAGAAGGGAGCUGUAGGGUCACUCCAGGCUGUGCUUCAUAGAAGUACAAGUAGAAGUACCAAGCACUUCUUUUACUGGCUGCCCUUUCCAGCGCACAGCCAUCCGCAGGUUAUCUAGAUUGAGAAAGGUGGUGUUUCUGCAAGAAAGGUAGUGCCCAGUCACUGCAAACCUCCACCUCCCUGUGCUACUUGGAGUGGAGCAAAUCGCUACAAACUGUAACACGAAGACCCUGUAUUCAGACAGUUGAGGCUUGCUUCAGAUGUGAACCACUAAUUAGGUCUAGUCAAUCAAGUCUGUCAGUGAAAAAUCUCUUUACUACAAGGUUCAACUUAUUAAAAAUUAGGCAGAAUCUUUAUGCUUGCAAAAACUAUAACCCAAUGGAAUGUGUUGCUCAUAGGUAUAGCCUAUGUCUGCUAUCAUAAUUAGUAGAUAUUUGACAAAGAACCUUCUCUAUGGGGGCAUCCUCUUUUUCCAGCUUGGCUGCAGGAAUCUUUAAAAGAUGUUUUUAACGGAGUCUGAACCUGUUUCUUCAUUGCUUGCAACCUACCUGUUGAAGCAUCACAGAAUGUGAUAAGCAAAUCAGUUUCCUAGCCGUAAAUAUGUACGAAAUGCUGGCUUGGGCAGCAGCCCCUUGAACUUUUUACUCUUCACAUGUCUGACUAGGAAGCCAUUUUUCACAAGGUCUUUAAGAUGACUAUAUCUAAUGGCAUGAGAAAUACAAAAAUACUCAGAUAAGGUGGUAAAAUGCCAUGAUGCCUGUCACUGUUUCCUGGAAGGGUCCUAUCUGACUGGUUUUCACAUUAGAAGACAAUUGACAACAGUGACGUAAUUUGCUCUGAGUGUUUUAUGAAAAAGGCUUCUUUUGGGGGUCAACGGUUUUCCUAUGCCUUGAAACAGAAAGAAAAAUACAUGUCAAGAAUCUUGGUUUGCCUUCCAGAAAACAAAAUUGCAUUUCACUUUCCUGGUGUUUCCCACCAUAUCUAGGCAACACAGUCUUCAUGACUAUGGAUAAACCACGUAAACACAUGUCACAAACACAAAAGGGAAACCAGCUCUAAUACAUUCCAACUCUUAUCGCAUGCAUCUGUUUAUCCUACAGCUAUUAAGUUCUUAAAAAUGUAAAGCCAUGCUAGAAAAUAAUACUGCUGAGAUACAUACAGAAUUACUGUAACUGGUAUUACAUUUGGUAAUUGUACUAAAGCCAAACAUAUAUAUACUAUUAAAAAGGUUUACAGAAUUUUAUGGUGCAUUAUGUGGGCAUUGUCUUUUUAGAUGCCCAAAUCCUUAGAUCUGGCCUUUUAGCCUUUCCUCCUGUCAUAAGAGGAUAUGAACUGAGUUUUGUUGUUGUUUGUUCUUAGCUGUAAUUCCUAUGCUUCUAUUUCAGAGAGCCAGGAAGAGUCUGAUAUUAAAGGAGGUUAAAACUGUGAUCUUACGCCAUGUCAUCAGUGGCCACUUAGGGGCCAUGGCUGAUGACACAUUUUUAUCUCUACCGUACUAAUUUGUUUCUACAGAGCCAUGCAAUUUAUUUCUGAAUAAGAACUUAUUUAAACUAAUAUUCCCUUAUGAUGCAGAUAGUAUUAUUAAAGGAAUAAUCCUUCCAAGAUGCAAUAUUUAUCUAGUGAAGCGUAUUUAGCAGAAAAUUCCAUUUUAAUAUAACUUAGGAAAGGAAGCAAUAACCAGGGGGCUUUGUGGUUGGGGAGGCAGGGGGUAGAGGGUAUUCCUCUCCUUUUUUAUAUUCUCAGAACCACCACCAAAAAAAA